GCAAAGAAGAAAAAGCUAAGAAAGAUUAUUAAGUUUAUAAGUUAAGAAAUAGCACAAAAAUCGCUGCUAAUACGUAGUAAAAACGUAUGUAAAUGUUUGUUUUGCAUGUUUCGUGCUACAAUGUGUGUCUAGUUUUGUGUGUGCGUGUUUAUUUGCUUGUGUGUAAACGAUAUUUUGUAAAAUAAAUUUUCAACUAAAAGGUUGUAUCGAACGUGUGCAAAAAACAUACUUUUUCCUUCUUUCGGUAGUUGUUGUAGGAAGGGAACUAAGAAUGUUUUUAAGUUGAAUUGUACCUGUGCGAAGCAAAUGUGAGUAGAAAAGGGCAUUGGAGUGCCGAAGUGUCGCAAACAGGUGCAUUUUCUUGCUGAUGCAGACAAGCUAUCUUGUUUGGUAUUGCACGGGACGCUGAAUGCUGUAGGUUGGCUAUUUACACCCCCAACAUCCCCUGUUUCUAGCUGUUGCACAUUUUGCAGUACAAGAUGGAUGGUAUACAUCAUAAUGUGUUAUCAGAAGAACUUUUGUUGUUGUCAUCAGAUGAUGAGAAUGACGCAGAUUUGGUUAUCGAUUAUUUGAGCGAAGAUCAAUCCAUCACUCCGAAAUGCCCGGAAGCUUCGGCUUGCCCACAAGACAUUGAGAAUUACAAUGAUCUGAAGACAACAGGUGCAGGAAGCGUAAUCGGAUCGGCAAGAACGAACGGUAGCCACAACAGUGACGCGAUUACAAAUAACCACAGCAACAUGGUGCCAAUUAUAAGUGUCACCCCUCACAGCCCUGGAGCCAAGUUCAACUUCCUUGAGGACACUCUUAAUCAACUACAAUGUCUCCGGGAAAGUGUAGCGCACAUGAAAAAUACCACACUACAAAAUACGGCUCUAGGGGGCAUUGGCUCAACUGUAUCCUCGACAAAGCUCUUUUCCUCAUGUCCUUCGCUGCCCGAUCUAACCAUAGCCAACCCUAUCAACGUUUGGCCGCAUCACCAUGUGUUGUAUGGGUUAAACAAUGAUAGGCGAAAAUCAUGGACGGCUAUCGAGGAUUUAACAGAGUGCACAAAAUCAUCACACAAAAGUGUCAGUUUGUCGAGUCUCGACAGCGAAGAGCAGGAAUCGUUGCGAGCAGCAGAACGGCUUCAUAAUCGAACUAGUCGAAAUAGUACGGGUGGAAUUUCGACACAUUCUUUAAAUGAGGCUGAACUAGCGAGAGACUUUGAGAAAGUAGUGGCCAAAAGAAAUUUGGUUCCUGUGGUUCCAAGGAUUCCGUUGCAGAAAAGCAUAUCGACUCCAUCUAUAGCUCCGGUUCGAAAUCAAAAUGUUAAGGAGGAUAACCUAGUAUCUUCGAGGCAUCUUUCUGACAGUGAAGAUGAAACUCAUGAUCGAUCACUACUUUGUGUGAGAGAUAAAAAUGAGGAAUAUCCCGAGCAUCAUGAAAAACGGCGUAAACGUGGGUCGUUAUUCUUUCGUAAGAAGAAAGAUAAAUCAAAAACAAAAGGGCAAUCUUCUGUUUGUGACGCAUGCGGAGCUGUAAUAAACCUGGCUACAUACAAAGAGCAUGCCGUAGAAUGCAAAGCAAAAAUUGCAAAGAAAUACUUUCAAGCUCAGCCAAAACCUAGCUCCAACAAGAAGAGCUCUGCCAACAGUGGCAAAAAAAUGACUGGAUGUUACUCUCCGUGGCGAUUGGUUGCUAACAAAUUAGGCGUGGUAUCACAACACGCUAGCCACAAUUCCUCGCAACACGAUGAUCAGGGUAGAGACUAUUAUGAUGGAAACGUGCAUAAUGAUAACGCUAAUUAUUCUGACGACGUGCCGCUAAUAAGAGACGAAUUUCUGCACGAAGCGCCUAUUGGCCCACAUGAUCUGGGUGCUGAACCUAUCUUAGGCGUUGCAAUCGAUGAACAUGACUCGUGGAGCCCCAGUGUCCCCAAAGAAGUUGUUAAAGCAUUAAAAGAUAAACAGGUGAAACGACAAGAACACAUUUAUGAAUUUAUCAUGACUGAGAAGCAUCAUGUUCAAACAUUACUAGUCAUGCAGAAGGUAUUUGUGGAGAGUCUUCAGAAACACUUCAGCCAUCUGAACCUAGAACGGAUGUUUCCCCGACUUGUUGAGUUAACCGAGUUACAUACGGGAUUUCUUCGUAAGCUGAGAUUAAAACAAAGAGAACAUCACGUAGUUGACAGCAUCGCCGACAUCUUGCUCGAUUUCUUUUCCUCUAUGUCGGCUCAAAAGCUUAAAAGCGCUUAUGGUGAAUUUUGUUCAAAUCAUCGAUCUGCAUUGGAUACGUUCAAGUGUUAUAUGACUGGCGACAACGUUUUUGCUGAAUGGUAUAAGCAUUGUCAGCAGAAUCCACUUUUAAAGAAGAAAGGCAUUCCUGAGUGUAUUCUGUUUGUCACUCAGCGCCUAACUAAAUACCCUUUGUUGAUCGAUCCGUUGUUGAAGAGUUCUCGCGAGGAUAAAAUUGAACAAGAGAAGCUACAGAAAGCGAUGUCGCUGGUAAAAGAGAUACUAGUUGAUGUGGAUGCUAGGGUGGCCGAUAAGGAGAAAGAGGAUCGUCAAUUAGAGAUAUUCAAAAGAAUCGAUGCCAAGUCUUGUGCUACAUUUAAAAAGGACAAAUUCAAAAAGUCGGACAUAAUAUCGUGUAACAGAAAAUUGAGAUUUGAGGGAGUGGCCACUCUGAUGCAAGGACGAUCGAAAAUGCAGACCGUGCUGGUGGUUGUCUUGUCGGAUUGCCUGUUUUUUCUUUUAGAAAACUCGCAUAAAUAUUCAUUUUUCACUCCCGAGAAUAAGGCUGGUGUUGUUUCAUUGCAAAAGCUUUUAAUUCGCGAAAAGGCUGGUACAGAAUCAAGAGGUAUUUACAUAAUAUCUUCUAAUCCGGCUUAUCCGGAAAUGUACGAACUGAAGGUACAAAAUCCAAAAGAUAAAAAUGUAUGGAUUCAAUCAAUACGCGCUGCUGUCAUCGACUGUCCCUCGGAUGAGUCGGAAGCAGAAGACUACAUGAGCAUGGAACAGCGACAAAAAAUCAUAGAUCUGAAGCAAGCCAAUAUGAGAGAAAUAAUUUCUCUCGGAACAACCGAAUUGGAAGGUAAAAUGCGACAGAAAGACUUUGAGCAAGCCAUAUUGCUCGAAGAAAAGAUUGCACUGCAGCUGAGCUUGUUGCUGGAUAAUGAGCAAAACGCUGAGCAGCUGGGUCCCGCUGUAGAGUCUUUUAUCUCGAACUACGGAUCGUAUAGAGAUCUUAUUUCCGAUGACUGUGAUACUAUAGAAAUAUGGAAACGGGUGUUGAACUCUAUUCAAGAAAUAAGUUCUCUGGCUUCAUCGCUCUAUACGGCUGCUACGGGAUUACCGCUAUCUAGGUCCAGUAGCUCGGUUGGCGAACGUCAGAGUGAGUUGUUUAUAUCUCCUACUUUACCAAAACGAGCAGAAACGUUUGGUGGAUUUGACGAACGUCGAUCCAAGCAACUUAUCACAGCUGCAGGAACUGGUGGUGGUAAUUUGACAAUGCACAGUGUCAACUCAAGAGAUGCCGUUCUUUCAACAUUAUCUGCUGGAUAUUUUACCAACCGCGAAACGUAUGAGAAACGCGAACAACAGACAAAUGCUCAUUCCUCGUCCUCCCCGUUGGACGUGGAGGCAUUGUUGAUGCUGGCUAAUCCGUACGGUCAACAGAAACUUUUGGGCAGCAGCAACGCCCCAGAGGGGAUCACAUCUGACCUAGCCAAAGAUCAGAAUUACGCAGCAUUACACGUAUCACAUCAUUUGCAUACCCUGCUUUGCAUUAUUUCACAACAAAUGACAACUAUUCAGAGCCUGCAACAUCAGUUAAACAAUUAUCGCGAAAAUCCAAAAACUCUGUAUCGGCAUAACGACCAGCUGGAAGAGCUGCGCAACUUACAGGAUAAAUUACAAGAGGAAAAGACAGCUUGGCAAAAGCAAAAAGAACAAGAGGAGCGAGAGCUCGAAGAAACUAAAAAGUCACAAAAAGCACAACAGGAACAAAUACGAGCUGAGCAGGAAGAUAUCAGACAGCAACGCGAACAGUUGUAUCGCAAGAUGGAAAUAUUAUCCAGCCAAGGACUUUUGCUUUCACCCAGCGUUGCGCUACCAAUACCAACCGGGGUAGUUACUUCUUUAGACGAGGCUCUAAGUGUUAGUGAAGAGCAUCACGUUGAUAGUGCGUUCGCUGGAAGCAUCCCGGCAAGUUCGAUGAUUGGAUCUUCUGUUACAAUCGAUCGCAAAAAGGAUAAAUGGCGAACAGCAAGCAUCACGAAGACACCUCCAGCUAACUUAGUGAGCGCAACCAAUGCAGCAAAGAUCAAUGCAACAAACAUAAAACAGCAGCUCCCGUUAAAACUAUCCUCGUUAUCUAGUACAAAGGCUGGUUCUACUGCAUGUAACAUGGUAAUGUCACCUAACAGUGGUAAUGUAGCUGCGGCUGCUCAUGGAACAAAUAGUGGUGUGACACAAAUGUUUCCCUUGAAGCUUGCAGACAAGAAGAUUUCUUCCACUGGUACUCCGAAUCAUUCACGGACCGGCAGCAGUCCUGCCGUGAUACAGCAGCAAAUUCAAGUACAAUCGGGCAAUCCUGCUACUAGAACCAAUACCUAUCCAAAAAUACCUGAACGCUUUCGCCUAAGAAGUUCGGACAACUAUCCUCUUUCAUCUGGCACCACGGCCAAUUCGCCUGUUCCUCAAACGUAUCAGUAUUCGCCGUCGACACACUCUAUGGGAGCAAUGUCUUCGACUCCUCCGCCACUCGUUCCUGCUAGAAACACGGCUCACCACGAAUCAACCGGACAGCGUACUUCCUCGCCAAUAUCCUCCCGUCAUCCUAGCCUGCAAUCUCCUCCUAAAUCAUCCGACACUACGACAAGUAAAAGUGACAGCAACAACAAAGCCAAAGAGGAAGAAGUUAUGUACUUUUGAUAUACGCCAGUCGAGGUAGAAAUCUAAGAACAUACCAUUCUGCUUUGGUUUUCGUCAAUAAGUAAACAAACAUUCCGCUUCAUCAUUCCUCGUCAUGAUUUAGACUUCUUUAAAACACUGAGCUCAGCUGUAUGAGUAUUAGUUGGUGUGACUGAAACCCCCCAAAAAGAAAUGCAUGCAAUUCAAUAGGUGAUGGAGAGUUACUGUACUUAAUUCUACAUUAUGGCCUAUAUCAAGUAUUUUACGUAAUGGUUAUGAAAGACCAUUAGGAAUGAAUGUUACAUUAAUGUCAAAUAUAUGUGUUAUUGAGAUGUGCUGCUAAUUGAUAAAACGUGUAUGGCAUCUUUACGAUGUAAAAUGUGGGUAGCGAUGAGAGCUGUUGUAUUGAAGUAGAGCGACUUUAGUGAUAGCGUGAAACAUAGUGUUAGUUGAACGUGUUUUAUAUGUUUUAUGGACAUACGACUAACAAGAAGGAUUAGUAUGAUAUGUUUUCCGCAAUGAUAUCUAUCAUGAGUAACGAAGCGUAUAUUAAUAAUUCAGCAAGAAAUCGUGUUUCGUCAACAUUUUAACCCAUUUUUUUUUAUUACCGCGCGCGUCUGUUUGUCGAUCCUUCAAUCACACUGCUCGACACACUUUUGUUUGGAAUCACCGAACCUUCCAUUACUACUACUCCUAUCUACUUAGCACAACUUCUUAUGAGUGAUGAACUGUUUGAACUAAAACUGAUUUAUUGAUACUGUGAUGACGUUUUUGUCGGUUUGAGAAAUCGUAAAAAAGUAUUUUUCCCCCCUGGACUAGCAGAGACUAGAAAGAUAUAUGAAUUUUAUUAUUCUUCAACUUGUUCGCCCAUGCACAUCAAUGGCAGUAUGUGUUCAUGGUAACUCCUAUGUAGAAUGUACCUAGAACUAUAUAAUGCAAGCAUGACUGUAAGACUGUACUGAACAAAAACUAGCCCUGUUUUAAUUAAAUGCGUAAUUGUUAGCAAGAAUAGUACUGGAUUUCUAUUCAACAUUUGAAACUGUAUAUUCUACAAAGUGUAUUAAAAUAUAACUUUGCGUCGAAAAAAAAAACGAUAUACUAACGUACAUUAACACAUACCCAACAAACGCACAUGUACACUACAAUCACUUAGGGACAAUAUAUAGUAAAUCAUAAAACAUCCUAAAUGACAUGAAAGGAAAUUGUUUUUACCUAACUUCCACUACUACUGCUAUUACUGCUAUUACAAAUACCACUUAAAAUAAUACCGAUAAUAAUAAUAAUAGUGUUUAGUAGCAGUAUAAAAGUUAAAGUAAAGCAAACCAUUUGAUUUAAACAAACAAUCUGCCAAGGUAAAAGAUGGUUAAAAAACAAUAUCUGUGUACAGACAAAAGCAAACCAAAUGACGGAGGGUGUGACAAAAAAAAACGCUACAAAGGAUGUCCUCAAAACUACAAUGCUCUGUUUAGCUAACUUCUUGACAAUACAAUUAUUGAAUUUUAUAAAUGGUUAAUAAUGAAAUGUUGCUAUAAAAGAAAUCUUAAAUCAAACGAACGCUAGGAAUGAAAAUGAAGAAACUCAACGUGUAGUACGAAUGAGAAUGAAUAUUAAGGGGCUAGCAGAAAGCAAAAGAAUGGCAGUAUGUAGGAAUCAACACUCGUAAGCAAACAAAAUCAUGCGAGUAACAAAAAACAAAUAAUAUGAUUAUAAAAAUAGAAUGGCCGCCUGAGGCCGGCCAACAUGAUUCCACACUACUCGAAUGCAAUCACCAAUGUGAAAGUUGUGUACUAUUACGUAAAUAAAAUGUAUUUGUAAUAUGAUUAAGGACACAAGAGAACAUAAAAUCCCUUCGCAUAUGAACCAUUCUUUUCGAACAACCCUCUUCGUAAGUGUACAUUGUAAGAGUUUCGUCUAGUUUUGAGGGAAGAACACAAAGCUCCAUUUUAUCGGAACAUAUAUUCAAACAUAUGAAUACCAAUGUGUUAAUGCAUACAUUCAUGUAUAUAAACCCUAUGUAUAGCAUAUGAUGGCGUAUCAAGUAAUAUGAAAAAGACUAUAAACUGCUCAAUCAUUUUACACACUAUUUAUAUCGAGAAACGGAAACAAACACUGAAGCGCUAAAGCCUUUGGCACAUGUUGUUAACAUUCCUUCCUACAUUGUUCUUUAGACAUGAGAAACUCAAUAAUCAUAUUUAUUGAAAUGAUCGUUGAAUGCCUAGUGCGCCUCCUAAGCUAUGGAUCUGGUGAUAAGAUGAUGUAUGUAACAUGUUGUGUUCUGUUGCAGAAUGCCAAUUGCAGGCAAAACAAUAUAAAUGGAGAAAACAUGCUUUGUAUCCACAUUUCACGCAUUGUUCUAAUCAGUCCCAUCAUGUAAGAAUGCUCAGCUCGCAUUAAGUUGAUCAGAAACCGGUCUCAAACGAAAAGAUUUCUUAUCUACCACCUGCAGAACCGCACAUUAACGCUGUUUCCGUUUAGUUAAUUUACCUUCGCUAAUGUGGUUUAACUGUUUGUACUUUGUUGAAGGUAGGGUGGCGUUUCAACGAAUACGUUGUUGGAUAGCAAACAACAAUAGACGUUAGAAAGCGAAGAAUUAACGAGCAUAUUGUGUCACUCAAUCCACCGAAUUUCUCUACUAGAAGGAAAAGAACACUGCAAAACAAUCAUGAAUUUAGACUGUCGAGAAUGUAACGGCUUAUUCAAAUGUCAAAUAGAAUGGGUAGCGUGUAUCGUGUAAUAAGCAAGAAAAAAAAAACACUGUUAAACCAGGCGAAGAGAAAGGUAUAUUUAAAAAAAGGCAAAUACUUUAAAUUGUUACGAAAUAAUUGUAUGUGAAGAAAGCAACAGGCGGAGUAACUAUCGCUGCAGACAGACGUGUGUAUCCGUAGUAGGAUUUGUGUUGACUUCACUCACUCGAUGGAUUAGUAGUGGAUCUUCUAUAAAAUUUUAACAAACAAUCGUUGCCUGGGUCAUUAGUGACAAUACAGAAUGUUGAACAAACUUUGUCUUCAGAAGCAACUAUUUCUUCCUCCUUACUUCUUAAUCCCUUACAAAGAAUGAAUACAUAUAUUGCACAUUAUAUUGCAUAAUAUUUUAACAGUUAAUGUAUUUACGCGAUCAGUAUUGUUGUCUGAUGAGUGUUACAUACCCACCCACUUCCCCCAGACAUACACGCGCAUACACACAUACAUGCAUUCACGACACGCAUUGGACACACCACAAUCAGGCCAACACACUACACACAACAUACCAGCGAUCAGCUUAAGCAAACGGUGUACCAUUAUGAAUCAGUUGAGUAGUGAAGAUUAUUUGAAGAAAUAAAUGUACCAGUACCACAAACGGACUAAUAAAUUGAACUGUAAACCAUGUACACAGCAAACAAAAGAAAAAUGGAAUGCAGCUGAAAAACAGCUCCUGCUAUUUGCCACACACACAUACACACGUACACACACACAAAUUUUCGACGGCGGAAAUGUUAUUGAAAUGUUAUCAUUCAAUCACUGUUGAAAUGUUAGAAUAAAUAUGAACGAACAGAUGAGAAACUCAAUAA